AUGGGCAGUAUAAUUAAAACCUUAAAGCCUAAGAAAUCAGCAGGCUUUGACUCCGUGUCAAAUUUUAUAAUUAAAAAACUUCCUCCAAGUUAUAUCGAGUGCUUAACUAACUACUUCAAUACAUGGUUAAAUGAGUGUCGUUAUCCAGAUGACUGGAAAAUUGCAAAAAUCAUUACUCUAAAUAAGUUGAAACCGGGUAUCCCAAAGUGUGAGCAAACUCGUCCAAUUUCUCUGUUAGCUACACAUUCAAAGCUGUUCGAAAAAGUGCUUUUACGAAGAAUUAGACACUUGGCUGAAACAAAUCGUUUAGUACCGUCAGAACAAUCCGGUUUCCGCCCAAAAUGUCUUCUACCAAUUCGAGUACUUUCGAUAUAUCAGGAAGUGAAAAACAACAUGGCAGCUAAUAUUCCUACACUUGCCCUCUAUGUCGAUUACCAAAAGGCUUAUCAUCGUGUAUGGCAUGCUGCUCUUCUUUGUAAACUAGAAAAAAUGGGUAUGCUUCUAAACUUAUUGAAAAUGACUAGUAGUUGGUUAAAAGAUAGAAUAGCUUACGUAGAAUAUGGUGAAAUAACUUCGAAAAUAUUUAAUACAAAUAUAGGACUGCCGCAGGGUAGUAGUCUUAGUCCGUAUUUAUUUAUAGUGCUUCACUCACAUCUGACAAAUUAUCUAGGUGCUCACUCAUGUCAUCUAUUUGCAGAUGAUCUGUGUGUAUUAAUUAAACCUCCAAUAAUGAAAAACUUAGGCCCGAUGAUUGACUACUUAGAAAAAGAAGGUACACGAGUUUGUAAUCAAGUUUUUAUGUAA